GGGACAAAUUUCUUGAGGCAUAAAACCCGUUUUCCUUCAAGAAGCGUAAACCCAAAGCUUUGGUCAAAGUUCGUAAAUCGUAACUAAAAUUCCCAAUAAAACUUAUUAAUCGAAUUCGAAACCCUUUAUAUUUGUCUUUUGAACAUUCAUUCAAUUUUGUAUUUUGGUUUCCACCGCGUUUUCCUUUUUCAUUCCAUCUUCAAAAGCUUACUGAGAAGACAUGCGAGUAUGUUUGCGGACUAACAAAAUGGUUAUGGCGUUUUCAUCUCGAAUUUACCUCUUUUUCUUCACGCUUUUGCUUUCAGCAAUCUACUGCUCAAGCUUCGAUUCUUUUACUCAGUCGAUCAAUUUGGAGAAUUCACAACUCUCUAUCAAACCUCUUCCAUUGCGGGCUUAUACACCCAAAGACUAUAAAGAUGCAUUAUCAUGUGAGCGUGUUCAUUUUGUACCUCUCUCAAGACUUAAACUUGAGAGCUACGCUAGCUCAAUACGUCUUACAGUGGCACCUUCAGUAGUCAUUCCUGAGAGAUUACACAACAGAAUCCAGAUUUGCCUGCAUACGAAUGCUUCAGUUGGGAUGUGUCAGUGUGAAAAGGAUGCUUGGAAAUCCGUCUACAAGGGAAUAUGGAUUUCUAUGAUCUCUCCGUACGAGGACAAAUACGUUGAUGUGAAGUUUAUUGGUGAUGUUUCGGGUUCAGUCACAAUUUCAGUGGAUGAAGAAUUUCAACGCUGGCGUCUCAUAUGUCUUGCACUUGGAAUGGUUCUAUUAUUUGUUGCACCGAUUAUAAGUGGUUGGGUACCUUUUUAUUAUAGCAGUACAAUGGUGAUUGGGAUACUGCUUGUUGUGAUUAUCAUUCUGUUUCAGGGAAUGAAGCUAUUACCAACUGGUCGCAAAAAUUUCUUUUAUCUCACCAUAUAUGGGUCACUUUUGGGAGCAGGAUCGUUUCUCUUGCAUCAAUUUUCAAUGCUCGUAAAUUCAAUUCUAGUGAAUUUUGGCUUGAGUGAAGAGAUGCACAAUCCGGUUUCUAUUUUUCUACUGGUUGGCAUUGUUCUUGCCGGAGCUGCAUUGGGUUACUGGAUUGUGCGAAGAUUUGUCAUAUCUGAGGACGGAAGUGUCGAUGUUGGAAUUGCUCAAUUUGUUAAAUGGGCUAUGCGAAUAAUUGCAAGUACAUUUAUUCUUCAGGGCACUCCUGAUACUUUGUUCUCAUGGGGAACCGUGGUACUGUCUUGGUUGAUGUGCUCAACAAUCUCUUCUUUGAAGUGGCCUGAUUCUGGGAUUUGGGAUUUUCAUCGGAGCAACGCUAGAAAAGUGGAUCCUCAGUACAACCGCGCAGAGUUUCUUAGGAGAACUCUAAAAAAUAGUCCUCAAGGGAAGGUGCUGAGAUCUCCUAAUACUGACCUCAGCUGGUACAGAUCUCCUGUUGAAGCUGGCUCAGGUUUGACGCCAUCAUCCGCUCAUAGGAGAAUAAAUGCUCAAAAGCAUUAUUAUUCAACUUUCCACGGGAAGCCUAAGAGAAAGAUGACGAAGAAAGAGUGGGAAGACUUCACACAGGAAUCAACUCGACAAGCAAUGGAAGAAUUGACAUCUACCCCGGAAUUCAGGGAUUGGUUAAUAGACAAUGCAAACAGAGUACAACUUCGUGAUGAUGAUAGCUCGGAUGGAACAAUUGGCAGUGGUUCAGAUUCCACAGAUGAGACUAUUGUUGACGAUGGCCCUCGUCGGGGUUUAUUCAGUUGGUAGUUAUUGUUGAUGAUGUCGGGGUUUUAUUGAUGAGUGUAGGACUGUACAAACUAGGAAGUAAAGUGUACAACACAUUAGUUUGAGUGCAAUUAACAGGUGCAUAGGUUAGGACUAGGAGUUGAAUUCUUCUUUUAAUUGAUUUCAAGUUGUGUAGUUGAAACUGAUUUUAUCUAUACAACACCUUAUACCUGUUUGCUAUAAGGUGUAAAUGGAAAUUUAAUGAAAAUCUUAUCCUUAUUUUUUUUA